CAAUGAAGUGGGUGUUACGAGGGAUGCCAGUCAUCAUCUUUCCCUUUACGCUUCAGUUCCCAGCAGCUGUGUUGUGUUACUGGGUGGCAACCAACUUAUUUUCACUGGUGCAAGUGGGAUUUCUGAAGAUACCUGUUAUUCGAGGUUUUUUCAAUAUUGACAAACUGGUUAAUCAUAAACCAGAGUCAUUACCACAGAAGAAAAAAGGAGUGGUAACAAGUUUUAAAGAAUCUUGGAAUAACAUGCAGAUUUCCAAAGAACUUGAAGAACGACAGAGAUAUGAUGAAAUGCGAUUUACGAAGGCUGGCACAGGACCUGUUCUGCGAACGUACAAACAUGAUCCAACGAAAAGGAACACAAUUAGUGUUAAAGCUAAAUUGAAGGGGAAAUGAAUUAUAACUACCAUUUUUGUUUUGUCAUUUUGUUUACUUUUUUGUUAUUUCAAGGAAACAAAAUUAAUUAUUCCUGUUUAGUAGUGUUUUCAUGAUAUUUAAAUCUUAAUAAGUGAAGGGAUCAAGAUUCAUCAGAUAUGCUAAGGAGAGAAAUAAUAAGCAUGUCAGUCAAAUUGUAAAUAAAUGUGAUAUUACAGAA